AUGAGAAAAAGUUUUAAACUUCUAUAGAUAUUAGUAACUUUAGCAUCUUUAUAUUCAAGAUCUAGUUGUUUUAGUGAAGAUGCUUAGCUUAGCGAUUUGUUGAUGUAAAUAAAUAGUUUUGAUUCAUAAAUAUAGCAAGUAGAAAAAGAAAUAAAGCUAGUAGAAAUCGAAAGGUUAGAUAAAAUGGGCUUCUUUUAGCAAGGAAAGAAGAGUUAAGUAGAAGAAGAGUAUUCAUUGCGAAAUAAAUUACCAUUAGAAUAUGUAGAAAAUUAUAAAAUAUUUAGGAAUGGAGCUAAAAAAAAAUUUACUUUAAAGAUAGAUCACAAAGUUAGAAAUAUUGAAUUCAUUCAGUUUAAAUAAAAUAGAGUAAAUAACUUAAACCAAGGAAGCACGGUUUAUGAUUUUUCAGAACAAUAUAUUAUGAUAGUUAUUACUCAAAACAAUUAUAUACUUCUUUUAGAUAGUACUGGUAGAAUUAUGCAUGAAUAUUAUGCAGGUCACAAUGUAUUUAAAUAUGCUAUACUUACUUCAAAUGAAGAAAAUGUUAUUUACACUUUAGGAGAUGAUUUUAGCAUCAAAUCUCAUUUAAUAAGACCAUUAAAGAAGCAAGAUAUAGAAUGGAUUUAAAAACCUGAUAAUACUACUUAAAGUUCAAUAAUAAGAAUUAAAUCUUCAAAGGAAAUCAAAAUAAUAGAGAAAUCUUCGAAUUCUACUAAGCCAAAUGAUAAGAAAAAAAAUUUGAAUCUUCUAAUUGAGUAUGAAAGCGAAUUUAGCAUACAAUAAAAAAAUUAAACUUAAAAUAUUGAUUUAUAUACCGCAUUUGAAGUAUUUACAUCUAAGCAGAAUAAAUAUAUUUUAUUAGGAGAUUAGACUGGCCAUAUUCAUGUUUACUUUAAAAAUGGCACUAAAUUUGGAAAAAGUGCACUUAGCAGACACCCAAUACUAUAGAUACUAAAACAUUACCCAUAUCCCCUUUAUGCAACAAAAAAUUAAAUUGGAUUCUUCAACUAUGGAAACCUAUUAACUGCUUACCCUCAAUGUGACUUAGCCUAUGAUGACAUUCUUUAUGUUGCUAUUGAUGGACAGCACAGUUAAAAUAUACUUGCUUUGUAAAAAAAUAUGGACAUUCUUAUUUAUGACAUGAAAUCUCAAAAGAGCUCAUGCUCAGUUUUAAUGAAAAUAAACUCUGGUGAUAUAGAUGAAAUAGAUAAAAAAGAUCCCAAAAAAGUCUCGAUUCAACAAAUUCAUAACUUUAUAAUAUUUUAAUCUCAUGAUUCGCCUAUUGCAAAAGUAUUAAAUAUCACAAAUUAUAAAUCUAAGAAUGCUGAUAUGAUGCUAGACGUAGGAUUCUAUUUAUCAGGUUUAGGACCAUCGUAAUAUUAGUUUGAUUACAUAGACGAAACGAGCUAUUUCUAAUAUCAAUCUCAUAAGCAUAGCAGCAAUAAUGGGUUGAUAGCUUAUUUUGAGCAUUUAAACACCCCUUCAAAUUCUUCUGAAAUAACUCUUUUUACAAUUUAUACUCCAAGUCCAUCAUGGAAUUUUACUGAAAACUUUAAAAUGCCUGUCAUAGCUAUCAUUCUUAUAGUCUUCUUUUUUGUUUCUUAUUGCAGAAAGAAAAAGAAAACAACUCUUGAUGAAGCAUCAAUGGCUAAUAUUGAUAAUUUGAUUAAAGAUAUCUAAUCUGGCAAAAAGACAAUUCCAAACUAUAAAAAGGAAAAAGAUGAUUGA